AUGCCACGCAGACGGCUAUGGGCGUCUACGCCCCUUCUGUUCCUCUUCCUCGCCCCAGCCCUCGCCGUCGUCGAGGCCGACUUCUCCUUCUACCCUACCAACGCCCAGCCAUGCCUGAACCAGGCCGCCGCGACCUCCAAGUGCAUCGGCUCGACCGUCAUGGACCUCAACAACUGCCUGUGCGGCAACUGGAACGACUUUGUCAUCCUGGCAGCCACGUGCAUCGGCAAGAACGACAAGGAGGACUCGGUGCCCGUGUACAAGACGAUGGUGUCUGCGUGUGCCGACUCGGACACGCCGCUGGACGUGUCGCCGAGCGAAUUCUACGGCGCCGUCGAUGGAGAGACCACGACGACGACGACGACGACAUCAGCAGCAACGACGAUGUCGACGGCCACAACGACAAACUCGGCGACGCAGACGGACGUCCACAGCACCGUGACAUCGCAGCCGACGAGCUCCAGCACCGCCGCCCCGCAGGAGAGCCUGUCGACGGGCGCGACAAUCGGCAUCGCGCUGGGCGCGUCCUUUGGCGGCGUCGGCUCCAUCGCGGGGCUGGUGUACUUUCUGCUGCGGCGGUCCAAGAAGCAGGACGAGGAGCGGCACCCGAUGCUGCCGCAGUACGGCGACGAGGGGGCUCGGUUCAGCGGCCAGCCGCCGCCGCCCGAGCCGACGCCGUCGCCGGGCCUGCUGAGCAACUAUUCCUCCUCCGAGGCGAUGAAGCAGGCGGGGGCGACGUCGUCGUGGGUGUCGCCGCUGCAGAGCCCGGACUACCGGUAUUCGGCGGCGACGUGGGACGGCGCGCAGGGGGCGUAUCAGGGGCCGCUUGCGCCGACGGGGGCGGGCUCGGAGAUGCUGCUCCCGUUGCAGGCGCAGGGCGUGAGCGGUGCUGAGGGCGAUACCACGGGGAUGGUGUUUGAGAUGGAUGCGACAGCAUCGCAGGUGUCGUCGGCGCGGGUUGAGGUUCCGGGGGCCGUUGAGGUCCCGGGGAGUAUGCCGUCCGAACGGCCAGAGGGGAGGUUAUAG